UCGGACUCCGUUCAGUCAGUCUUUUGGGUGGCACCGGAUAGGAUGUUAGCUCGAGAUGUCAUCUGAAAGAGGAUACGGGAUUCAACGUGUGCUCUGAAACCGUCUUCAGUACUAGAGUUGAAAUUGUUGAAACACGUCUUCUGGUGUUUGUAACAGUUAAAUAAGUGGUUUGAGUGAAGUGAAAAAUUUGUUAAGUGUUUGUGGGUUAUGAUUUAAAUUGUUAUGAAUAUGGUGCCCCAGCAAGGCGACAUUAGUCGUUCUGAUAGCCCAACAUCAAGCGGACUUCCCCUCUUCGGCAGUCAGCUGGUGGAUAAAAAUUCUUCAACCCCGUACUCAGAUGCGACUCAGACAAAGAAGAACAAUCCGAAUCACAUCAAACGGCCGAUGAACGCCUUCAUGGUGUGGUCUCAGAUAGAGCGCCGCAAGAUCUGCGAGAUGCAACCCGACAUGCACAACGCGGAGAUCUCCAAGAGGCUGGGGAGGCGAUGGAAGACGCUGUCAGAAGAGGAGAGGCAACCUUUUAUCGAGGAAGCCGAGAGGUUAAGGCUCAUGCACUUGCAGGAGUAUCCCGACUACAAGUACAGACCAAGGAAGAAGACUGUCAAACCCGCUCCCAAGGUCUCACCGUCCAGGCCAAAGAAACAGAAGAAGUCUUCCCCCCACCAUAGUCAACUAAUUCUAGAGAGGAACGACUCCAAUAACAAUUCUCACGUAAACGAAGUCAAACCAAAACCCGACACUCUGAUCAGGCGCAACGGUAUCAUCCAGACGAGCACACUGAGCCCGGUCAACCACAGUAAACUGAAAGUCCGCCUGACGAUCGAUCGUAAACUGAAGGACAGUAUGCGACAAAGUCACGGCCGUCAGUUCACGAACUCACCUCCGACAGUCCACGCUAAAGUGCCAUCGAGUCCGUCGUGCGACACCCCGGAUUCCCCGGAGAGUGCGACAUUCUACGACGAGGGAUCGCUUCACUUGGAGGUCAAGAGGGAACCCGAGAUGAGGAAAAUCAAAGUCUUAGAGAGAAGAGUAAUACCGCCGAUGAAGACGGACUUCACAGAACUCACGUUAGGUCCCGUUAUCACUAUCAAGUCGGAACCGGACGACAUGCAGCAGGACUUCCUGAUCAAACCUGAUUCCCACCUCUUGAAGCAGGAGUUGCUGAUAAAGGAGGAGCCGAUGGAUUGCGAUUCGGAGAUGGCCGCUACCGGACAUACAGGCGAGAAUCCUAGCCUUGCCGACCUGGAUUCCCUCACCGACCUUUUACAGAUUCCUUCGGACUUCAAGGUGGAUCUGGACACUCUUACCACGGACAUCGAUACCUUCGAUACCACGAGCUCCAGUUCCGGCUCGCACUUUGAAUUCUCCUGCACACCGGACGUAUCCGACAUUAUCUGCGACAUCGGUGUCAGUAAUAACUGGGUAGAAACGACGUUUGCGGAAUUUAUCAACUGUUGAAGGUGCAAUUUUUGUUCGGUGAUAAAAUGAACUUUUCUUGAAUGUUGACUGAUUCGUUAAUUGUAUCAUUCUGUACUCGAGCUCAUUGGAUGGGAUUUGUGUAACGACAUUUUUAGGCCUUUGUUGUCUAGAAUAGUUGAGAUGUAACGUUUGUGUGACGACUAAAACAUGUGAACUCGAGAGCAAAUUAAUGGUUUUUGUAGAAUUAUAAGCAACACCGAACUCACGGCAGCGACAUUGUAAAAUUUCAAUUGAGAAGUUACUCUUAAAAUGUAAAAAUAGACCUAAGUUUAGUUUUAACGAAAACAGCUGUGUCCAAUGUUCUGGUCCGAAUUAAGUCCAUGUUUUAGAUACAUGCCACAGAUUUACUAUAGGCACAGCUCGUCGGAGCAUUGAUCUCAUGUCUUAUUGUCUGGGCCUUACUUAACGAUAGGCUCUCGCUUUACAUUAGUCCUGUAGAUUCAAAUUCGUUAGUUUCUAUGGUUGUUACAUCAGUUUAAACGUGCUUUUUCAUAAUCUCGUGUCAUAAUCGAAAUGUGCUAUUUUGAAAAUGAAUAUAUUUUUAAUGGAUGUUAAAAGUAAUUGGAAUGUUUUUCUCCCUCCGUAUUUCUGUACGGAAGUCAUAUUUUGGUGUGUUUUGAUCACGCAUUGAAGUUUUAGAUUGUACACCUCGAUGUAGCUUGUGUAAUGUUACACACAUUUUGUCCUAACACGAGUAUUAACACCAUGUUAUCCAGUGAUGUUCGGUUUAUGCCAUCCUAUUCUGUUAAGGCCCAGGAAUAAUAUAUCAGGCUGUGAUAACACAUUUUCAGUAACCGACCAAGCAUUUUCAAGGGCAGUCAAGAUAGUUUCCAGCUUAUGUCAUUUUCAAGCAAGGGGGCAUUUUAGUGUAAUAAUCAUUAGGAAUGUAGUAGUUUUAUCGAACUUUGUGUUUGGGUAUAACAGAAUUCAAGUAAAAUUUUGACUAGUUUGAUUUUUGGGACCAUAUUGAUUUGCUAAGAAUAAUGGUAACUUGUUUUUUUACUUAUCCUUUUUGUACUGAUAAUGGUUUGCUUUAAUGAAGAGUUCUUAAUUUACUGUUUGUAAAUACAAAUGGUUUUUGUUUGUCUAUAGUACUGUUAAUACGUUUUGUAAAAAUUGUUUAUAUUUAUGCACAUCAAAACUGUUCAGUAUUAUGGAGAAUUGUUAAAUAAUUAUCACAAUUUAAACAUAUGAUAUCGUUUAGUUUUUUAAGUUUUCUACUUAAAUUCUAAUCACAUUUCGAUUGUAUUUGCAAAAGCAAAUAUUUUUAUAUUUGUAUCUCUAAUGGACUUUACCUUAUAAAAGUAUUUAUUCCAUGUGCUUACUUGUGUAAUAAAUAGUUGAUUCAUUUAAGUGCCCCCUUUGGCUAAUUAUUCAUGCCUAAAAAUUACUUAGACUUAAGAUUGUGUUUAUUUGAAUUGAAUAUAGUUUGUAGAUUUUCUCAGGUAUCUCCUGAAUUUGAUUAAACGUUUUCCAUUUGGUAAUAUUUUGUCCUCAAUUAUAUUAUACUCUUGUUUGAUUCACUACUCAGUUUGAUGCUAUCCUCAAUCCCUUAAGCCUUGUAUACCUUUUUACGCUUAUUUGUUGAUAUGUAUAGUGCUACUUUUUGUAUUAAUAUACCCACAAUUGUAUACUUGCAACUUACCCUGGCGUUUGACUUAGCCUCAGUUCCGUGUCGUGGACACUACAAGUGGUUUUGCAUCUUUGUACGUGUCACGUGGUAAAAUUCAGAAUUUUUUUUAUUUUCACUCGUCUUCCAAAAUUAGUUAUUUGUGAUAUUCUUACCAAAUAUGUAAUCAAAUAUGACCUUCUUUUCUAGAAAUGUAUGAUUUAAAACUUGAUGCCCAAACGUCCUUAGUGUUGCGAAGCCUAAUAAACAACUGGUCAAAUAGAUCCUGAAAGGUUAUUUUUGUAUAUACAUAUAUUGAAUGUACCGUCGAUAUGAUAUCAAGACUAUGUCUUUGUUUUCAAGGAUGGGGUGGGCCAACUUUUCAGAGAUUACUACAUGUGUCAGUAACUAUGCCAAUCCAACAAUGUUACAUAGAGGUUAAUCGAUUUCUCCUAUCCUAGUGCAAUAUUGUGUAGCAUACUCAUCUCUUUAACCAACAAAAUUACAUGUUCAUCGUCAUUAACAUUAACACAGUCGUACAAAGUAACUCACGUAUUCGUAACGCAUAGUAACAAUUUAAAUACUUAUACAUGUGUAGCUUAAAAGGUCAGUGUCAAUUUAGAGAUGUCUGCAAACCAAAUGGAAGAGAAAUUUCACUUCACCAGUACAAUAAAUUCAUUCAUACAUUCGUCGGGUUUUUGUUCUUUUGUGUGUAGAUUAUCAGAUUAAUUUAUCAUCUCUCGUAAUCACGCUGUAUUUAAAAGUGCAUUGUUGUCAUUUUAGACGCUACUUUUAUAAUUUGACAUAGUUGAAUAUUACCCUACGAUAUGAGCUGCGCUGAGGAGAUGUGAUACAGGCUGUUUUCUGUUUGGUUACGCUGUAUCCACGCUUGCAUAGACUUGAACUGUGCACCCCAGUCGCUUGUUGUCAGUACGUACCAUACCGUAUCUCCGAACCCCAACUCUUUCAUCUGUACUUACUGUAGGCUAGUUCUGAUGAGCCUGUGGUAGACACUGCCUUAAUCUGGCCUCGACGCCGGCUUUUCGUUCGUUGCUUCUAUCUAGUGUAGUUUUGUCGGAUUAGCAAUAUUUUUGCACAUAAAUUGUAAAAACAAAGUUUAUUUCUUGCUCGAUCCUACUUAUUUGUAAACGGCCCAAUGUAUCAUAUUCACUUUAUAAAUAUAUAUAUAUAAAUAGUUAUAUUAUUGUAAGAUUGUACAUUUUGUAUUGUAGUUUUGUUUAUACCUUAUAAAAUAUUAUAAUGGUGAAUAAACCAUGAUUUUUUUUUAA